AUGAAUGGUGAUUUCUAUCGUUCGCCGAGACAGUAAGUGAAACAAAGAAAAACUUCCUUUUUCUGGCCCCAGCGAAAAGAAGGCUUUGCAGCCCGAAAAAUUCCGGUUGCAAGCAGAGAUUGCCACGGUCAAAAUUUCGGCUCCGGCUCUUAGCUCCCAGAGCCGGAGCCGGGGCCAAAUUUUCAGCUCCGGCUCUUGGCUCCGUGCAAAAUUUAAAAAGGCCUCCGGCUCCGAAUCCCGGCUCCUAUGCAAAAUGUUUUUUAAAAAUAUUUUUCCAAAAAUAAAAGUUAUUAGUGCCAGAGAUCAUACAGCCAACCUUUUUGCAGUCAAGCCACAACCUCCGCAGUGUUUUUCAAGCAAAUUGGUUUAACAAGAUCACGAAAUUUUUACUUUUCUGACCGUUGGGAAGCCUGGCUCCGACUUUGGGCUCGGGAGCCGGAGCCGACCCCAAAAUUUCCGGCUCCGGAAACUGCUCCCUGCUCGGAGCCGGAGCCGCUCAGAGCCGAAGCCAAGAGCCGGCUCCGGAGCCGUGACAAUCUCUGGUUACAAGGAAUAUCAGGCUUAGUCUUAGCCUCAGGCUUAGGCAAAUUAGGCUUACAAGGGAAGUACCCCAAGUGCGACACUCAGAUUUCCUUUAAAUUUUGCACACACGUCGGGAAUAGACUGAAUAUCAAUUCCUGAAAGUUUUAGCUCGCGCUUUGCGGGCGCCACCGAGAGAUUCAACGAUGUUUGUCGCCGAGAGAGUACACUAAACGUGGAGAGCGGUCAGAGGGAAAAUCCCUUUUUGGCCAUAACUUUGGCAGUUUCGCGCGGAAAAAAUUGAUUUUUUGUGGAAACAUUACCCUCUAUGGAAGAAAUAGGCACGAAACUUUUCGUGCCAAAAUUCGGCAAAAAUUGUCAAAUUUUCGCCAACUUUCGAUCCAAAAAAUCUCGGUUGUUUCUGCAAAGCGCGAGCUACGAUUCUCGCACAUGUCUUAGAAAAAAACAUUAUAAAUUUGUGUCAAGUUUCAUCAAAAUCUGACCGUCGCACUUGGGGUACUUCCCCUGUUAGUUUAGCGCUUAGGCUGUUUCCUAAUUUUAUUCGCAAUCUGCAAGGAAACCAUCCGAAGCGCCGGGCCAGAAAAAGGAAGUUUUUCCAAAAAAAAUAGUUUUUCAUUUUUGAGUAAAAUACGCUGUUGAAAUGAUAAAUUCGGCUAAAGAAUCCUAUACUAGUGGCCAAUCUGCGGAACUUCGCCCAAUUUUUUUUCAAAAAUUCAAAAAUUAAAAAUUGUGAAAAAAAUGAAAUUUUUAUUUUUUUCCCUAAAUUUCCAUUUCCAUUUUUCCAGCACAAUUGACCUCCAACAGCGCAACUUUCAUUCGAACAGGGUGGCCAAAAUUGGAGCGGUCGUGGACGUCGCCUCCGACGAGCCCCUGCAACUGCGAAACGCCGAGCGUCGACGCUCCUCCUCGCUUCGCCGCUUCUACAAUUGGUGCAAGCGCCCAUUCAGCAACACCAGAACUCAUCAGAGAAGUAAGUUGGGGGCGAAAAGGGGGUUUUCUUUAAAUUUUUUUUUCAAAUUUUUUUUGAUUUUUUGGAAAUUUUUUUGAUUUUUUGGAAAUUUUUUUUUAUUUUUUAGAAAAUUUUUUAAUUUUUUUUGUUUCGGUCUCUUAGAAGCCUGAAAUUUGCCAUUUUAGCUUGAUAAAACCCUCUUUUUUAGGCUAACUUAAGCUGACUGUAAGCUGAGCCUAGCCACCUUUUCAUCGUAUAAAAUGUCCCCUGCAGGUCGAACCCCAUAUUUUUCCCCAUUUUUUCAGCUUACAAAACAAUCGGCGGCCGAAUGAAGGACGACGGCGCCCAAACCAAGGGCGAUCGUCUGCCGCAGGCCGGAGAGACGGUCAAGUCGGACACCAACCGCACCUACAACUUGAAGAGAGUGCUCGGCGAAGGCGGCUAUGGGACCGUGUUCGAGGCGAACGAUUGCGACAGCCGCGCGUACGCCUUGAAAGCCGAGAAGUGGAGCAAGACGGUGCUGAAGAUCGAGAUUGGUGUGCUGAAGGCGACAAAUGCACGGAGUUGCCGACAUUUUUGCACUUUGUUUGAUGUGGUAGGUCUGUUGAAUGGGAUUGGUAAAGUUUUUUUGGGAAAAUUUUAGUUUUUUAAAAUUUUUUUGAAAUUUUGGGUCCCACCACGAAAACGUGAAGAAGUUUUUGGCACACUGAUUUAAAAAUAUGUGAAGUGUUAGAGCUUUUGGACGUUCAUUUUGUCACUUUUACCUUGAUUUUUGAAUAUUUUCAAAAGUUCUGGGUCCCACCACGAAAAUGUGGAAACUUUUUAACGCCAUGAUUUUUACGUUUAUAUGCCAUCUAUGCCCUCAAAACAUUAUUUUUGACACUUUUGCAACCGUUUUUUGCAUUUUUCCCAUAGCUUUUGGUCCCACCACGAAAACCUGAAUUUUCAAAAAACUCGAUUUUAAUUAUUCGAAUACAUUCUACCUUCAGGGCCGUUCCUCUCCCGACUAUAUGUUCAUUGUGGUCACACUUCUCGGGCCGGAUAUCGCGCGCCUUCGCAACGAACAGCCCGAGCGAAAGUUUUCGAUCGGAACCGCCCUCAGAGUUGGGAUGCAGACCUCGGCCGCCAUCGAAGAGCUGCAUCGGACCGGGUUCAUCUCGCGCGACGUGAAGCCGGGCAAUUUCGCCAUCGGCAACAGGGACGAGGAACAGCAUCGGAUCGUGUUCAUGUUCGACUUUGGCCUGAGCAGAAAGUAUUUGGACAAGGUAGGGUGAAAAGAGGUGGUAAUAGGCUUUGUUGGAUAGGCUAAAACCUAUUGAGGUGUGUAAUGUAAAGGGAAACUUCAGAUUUGGAAAAAAUGGCCAAUUAAAAAAAUUUGAAAUGAAGGGUGACAUGUUAUACGAUGAAAAAAUCUUUGAAAAUCGAAAAAAUAAGGCAUGACAUUUCAUCGUAUAAAAUGUCACAUCCUAUGUUUUCAAUGUUCAACAACUUUUUCAUCGUAUAAAAUGUCACCCUUAAUUUUGAAAAAAAAAAUUAAAGGGGGCCUCUUCGGUUUUCUUGUGAAAUUGGGAGGUGUCUUCUAGGUUAGGGGGCCCUCUCGGGCUCACAAGGAAAGUACCCCAAGUACGGCGCUCAGAUUUGUUACAUUUUGCACAAAAGUCGGGCAUGAACGAAAUAUCAAUUCCUGAAAGUUUUAGCUCGCGAUUUGCAAGCGCCGCCGAGAUAUUGAACGAUCUUGGCCGCCGAGAAAGCAUGCUGACCGCGGAGAGCGGCCAGAGCGAAAAAGCUUUUUGGCUAUAACUUUGCUAGUUUCGUGCGGAAAAAAGUAUUUUUUAAGGAAGUAUUACCCUCUAUGGUAUGGUAGAAAUAGGCAUGAAACUUUUUGUGCCGAGAUUCGGCAAAAAGUGUCAAAUUUUCGCCGACUCUCGAUCUAAAAAUCUAGGUUGUUUCUGCAAAGCGCUAGGAUUCUCGCAUAUGUUUUAGAAAAAAAUAUUCUGAAUUUAUGCCAAGUUUCAUCAAAAUCUGAGCGUCGCACGGGGGUACUUCCACUGCCAAUCGAAGUUUAUUAGGUUGCCAGUAAAGCGUAUUUGGGGGGCUCUAGUAUCUCAAACCUUGAUUUGAAACCAAUAAGAAUACCAAUAAACUUUUCAGAAUUCCAACGUCCUCCCAGCCAGAAAAGAGCCCGGAUGGAGAGGUACCACCCGCUACGGAUCACUGCAAGCCCAUCAAAAGGCGGACCUGGGCCGAAAGGACGACUACGAAAGCUGGCUCUACAUGGUAAGUUUUUUUCUUGGUUUUUGCAUUAAAAAAUUAAUUUUUGAGAUAAAAAAUUAAUUUUUGAGAAAAAAGUCACAAAAAAAGUAGAUUUUUGGCCCUAAAAUACGCCGAAAAUUGAUAAUAAAUUUGAAAUUUCAGCUGGUCGAAAUCACAAAAGGCUCGCUGCCCUGGAGAAUGGUGACGGACCGGGCCAAGGUGCAGGAGACGAAGCUCAGCAUCCGCACCACAAACCGGACCGCCUUCUUUGCCGGAUGCCCCAAACAAUACGACCGAUUGAUGGAAAUGAUCGACAAAUUGGCGUUUGACUCGUGCCCACCGUAUCAGGAAUUCCAGAAAAUUUUGGUGGAGGUGGGAUUUUUUUUGAUUUUUUUGAUUUUUGAAUUUUGGGGCCAAUUUUGGCAUAGUAAUUUUUUCUUGAAAAAAGAGAGAAAUUGAUGGAAUUUUUUGAUUAAAUCAAUUUUUAAGGGUUAAAACAACUUUUUAGACGUUGAAACGUCUUAUAUCCAGAUUUGAAACACAAGGAUUUUUGAUAUUUUUUUUUAUGCCCAAUACCGGAAAUUAAAAAAUUUUUUUUUGGUUUUGAAAAAUUUUUUGUUUCUUUUGGAAAUACGCAUUGCUUAUUGGUCCAUUUGUAAAGUCGCUGGAGUGAUUUUUGGCGUUUGCACAGUGAAAAAACAAGACUUUUCUUUGCACUGCGCUAUUUCUUGCUUUUUUGCACGGUGCAAAAGGCAAGAAAUUGCACAGUGCAAGUUGAACUUUUGUUUUCGCUCGCAAGAAGUCAUAUUGAAAAUCACUCCAGCGACCUUGGGAACGUACCAUUUUGCAUCCGGGAAGUAUCAAAAAUGUGGCAAAUGCUUCCCUCUCCAAGUGAAAAACUUUGUUUUGAAGGGCCCUUUUUCCUGACAAGAAGACCGGGCGCGCUUUUGAAAUAUGAGUUUUUUCACUUGGAGAGGGAGGUAUUUUGCUGCAUUUUUUGAUACUUCCCGGAUGCAAAAUGGUACGUUUUUGCCACUGGAACAGGUCCGCCACUGUAGUAGGUCUGCUGCCCUAAAUACUUUUAGCAUUUUGAGACAGACGUUUAAUUUCAUCGACAAAACAAUUUUUAUACAUAACACUUUUUUCUUCGCUUUUAAAAAAGCAAGGUUUUCGCACCUGCAAAGUCCAAAAAAAUUUCACUAUGCGCGGCUGAGAGAUUUAUCAAAAAAUCAAAGAACAAUAAAAAGUUCGCCUUCUCUAAUCUCCUCCACUUUCAGGCCUGCGAAGAGGCGCGGAUCUCGAUUGGAGCGAAAUACGACUGGGAAGGGGACUGCACCUCCUCCAUCCACACUUCGGUCACCAAAAGUUGCGACAAGAGUCCGUCGGAUCAGCAGCGCGCCAACGCCCAAGAACGCCCCACCAAACUGGACCCCUAA